UGUAAACCUAUGUUUGAUGUUUAAAGUUUAAGUUAAGAAAAUAAAAUUAGAGCUAUAACUAAUUAUAAUUAUUCCAAUAAUUUGUUAUGGGGUGGGGAGGAAAGAGGUUCAAUAUUUAGUCGAGGGCGUGACAAGGGUGUAGCUCUUGCCAUGGGAGUAAGUACAUUCAGGGUGGAAUCCACGUGUCAGGUGUUUGAAUAAUAUUUAGAUAUGACUCACUAGCAUUUAUUGGGGGGAUGUACGUCACGGGGAAUAUGUGAACACUCCACACCGGGGUUAUGUCAGCGAUAAGGAAGCGGGAAGACCCAGGCUUGUCCCCGCAAUAUAUUAUGUGACGAUCAUGAGGAGAAGGAAGAGCAGAAUGCGAACUCAGGACGUGCCUGUGGGAUUAUAACUGAAAUUAUGUCGUUUGGCCGUUUUUAUGUAAACUUACAGUCUUGUGGUAUGUUUGCCUCCGAUGGGCCAGCUGUCUGGAAUUCUCUUCCUCUCCAAGUGAGACAUGCAUCGCCAUUUUCAGAUUGUAGACAGUUCUGUGGUGUCUUCAACUGAUUGUAUGUUACUUAGAUAAAACAGAAUUUUACGCUGAUUUUCUGCUCAAAGUGUGUGCUGUGUUUUUUUGGAACUAUUGCCGAGUUGUAUUCUAUAAGCAGUCUACAGUAUUAUUAUCAUCUGCGCUGUGUAAUUAUUGUCGACGUGUUGCAACAACGUGUGUUAACGCUUGAUCUCAAUGGAUUCUCACCUCAGAGGACGCGAAUCGUGUCCCAGGACACAUACAGACUUUAAAACCACUCCAAACAAAAGCUGAUGUUCGCCGUUUUCUGGAUGGUAUCAGAAAGGAAUUUCUCUCGUCGGUAAACGUGGAUGAGUCGGGCCUGAUGGAUGAGCUCGUGCAAACUGGAGUCCUGAACUACGACAGUGAUGUGGAAUCUUUACGGUGUAAAUACUCUGUCAGGAAAGACAAGGCAAGACGACUAUGGACUAUUCUUUACACCAUCGACCCUAACACUUUUAUUGAGGAGGCCCUGCCGGCGCUUUGUAAAAAAUACUUCCACGUCAUUCCUCGCGAGUACUGGAAAGAACAAUCCGAUUGUACUCGUGUGACGUCACAAAUCUCCGGGGAAGCAGCAGCAGGCGCCAGCGAGGUCACCUGUGUCAGGUGUGCUGCCAAACAUCGAGUCCGAGAAAAAUACGAUGGCUGACUUGCUCUAUGAAUUUCAGUUAAUCCCCUUUGAUGACUACAGAAGACACACAGGAGAGCCGUUGGUACGAGAUUGGGAUUCGAUCUUCAACAGUUUGGAAAACAUACCUUCAGAUAAGACAGAAUUUUUUUCCAGAAACUUCCAGAAACUACUGAAAAGUUAUUCCCUUACAGUCCCUCACAAUCUUGAGGAUUUAAUUAAACGUGGUUUACCAUGCACGUGCUCCAGGCCACCAGAAAUAAACAACAGCAAUGAUGGGACAGAGACACAGAGUAUCCGGGGUUAUUAUUCUGACCACGAGCACAGACGAGGCUCAGAUGUCUCUACAGAACCGAGUCAGUAUCCUGAGUCAAAGAAGAUUCAGACGAUUGUUGUAGUUCUCGUACCAGUACCCUCAGUAGAUCCACCUUGUCAUUAAACACCGUCUCUGAUUUCCUGCCAGAAGACGACGAAGCCACAGGCAGCGACCAUCCAGAUGACCCUAUAGGUCAAGCAGGACCUGCGCCUGAGAACAAAACCUGGAAGCGGCAUAACAAGGGCGCCAUGUCCAGUCAGAAGCAUCCACUUUCGUCCAUUGUAGAUGAGACGAAGAAAUUUUUGGACAGUCAGCAGAAUGUUCACCUAGAUAGUCACGUGCCAGACGUGGACACAGUGGGUGUAGACAGGGCAACGAAUAAACUGAGGGCAGGUAGGAAUUUUGCCCUCCACCCUGAUGUCCUGUACAAGACGUUUAGACUCCGAGGUACCAGAAAGAAGACGCGUCCAGCAUUGAGGGAAUUUUUACAGAGGAUGACAGUGCCGUCAACACAACACACCUUCCACAGCAGAAUUCAAAACGAAACACUGGAUGUCAGCAAAGAAGGGGACUAUGUGGUGCCUGACUGUGACUAUGAUAGCGAAGACCCAGUUAUCAAUGAGGAAUCGAUGGGUUCCUUAACAGACAGUGAGACAGCUCUUUCAGAAAGUGACACUGAAAACUUUGGUGACAUUGAAGACUCGACAGAUUCUCUUUCAGACAGUGACACUAACAUUAAUGGCUCCACCGCAGAAUCACCAUACUCUCAAACAAAGACAAGGACUGAGAGUCUGGAUGCCAAAAGGGAUUUUAUAGCCAGGCGUGAUACAGAAAACCAGGGUUCCGACAGAUCAGAAGAUUCUGUAACUGCCAGUGUUACAGAAGAUGGUAAUACCAAAGAACAUGUCCAAUGCCUGCUGCCUGACUUCCGGCGCGAGACUCCGGCAAAAACUCCGUUAACAUCUGUGGACGCCUCGACUGGAAAAUAUGGUGUGAAGGAAAGAAUUAGCAGUUUGGGCCAGGAUGUGGUGGAGGAAACAGCCAUUUUGACAGAACUGUGUGACCUGGUGGCCAGCAGUUUUCCUUUAAAUGGAGACCUGACUGACCAUCUGCAAAAAGCCCAAACGUGGGCUGUUGACGAAGGACAUACUCCAACACUGACAGUGACGAGCUGCCUGGAUAUGGACGCACAUCUACAAGACACAUUCACCAGACUUGAAAAGAUCAAGCAUGAGCUACCAUCAUCCUCGUUACAGCAAGACUCAGAGGUCUUCAUGGUGUGUGAAUCUGUCCUGAGGUCCUGCCUCGGCCUCGUCUUGGGUUUGAAGAUGUGUCUUGUGUGCGACUCGACCCUGGAGGUGAUGUACAGACUGGACAUUCCCUCUAAGACAGAUGCCGAAGACAAAUUCAAGCAAAUGAGGAGCUCGGCGAGGUCGAGGAUGAGGUCUCGUCUAGAGGACAUUUUAAAAAACAUGAAAACUGUAGCAGAGCCGUGGAAAGUUCCAGACUCAUUUGUAAAAGAUCUGAACCACCUUCAAGCAAUGCUAUCAAGCAUAUUGCCUCAUCUAAACUAAAUGAUUAUUAAUAUUUGUGAAAUACUAAUAAAUCUCUCAAUGGUGGAUAAUGCAAUUUUGUUCUUGAAUCAAAGUAUCACAGAAUAAACCUCUGUCAUCAUUCUUUAGUUUAGUGGUUCUUAUUAACUGUAUAUACAGACAUUCGGUUAACAUAAAACAACUGUCAAUGCUCGCGCAUUCAUUUGACGAAACUUUUUGUGGUGGAAUGAUAUGAUCUGAGGUGGUUCUACGGUCCUAUGGGUGAAUAUUCGAGAAUGAGUAAACAUGGCCGAGAGAAAGAGAACAAUUAGUUACAUGGCCUGCUUCCUGUCGAUGACCGAGUAUGUUUAUUUUGAACUUUUCACAUUUGAUCUUGUGAAGAUGUUAGGUAGGUGUUCCCUAUAUCCUGAUUUCAAUUUUUCGAAGUCGUGUAUUGUGUGUGCUCAAUCAAUGAAUAAUAAAGAUAAGAUUG